AUGCCUCUGGGCGACCGAAAACCAAGCGAAUUGUUCAGCGAAAUGAAGCGCGUGGCCGGCACUACGCUUAACGAUAGUUUGUUGCACGACUUAUGGGUAGCGCGACUUCCUCCUUACGUCCAAGCUGCCAUAAUCGCAACGAAAGUUCCGCUCACGGAGAAAGUAAAGGUGGCUGAUUCAAUUGCCGAAUCUAUUGGUUGGUACAAAGGCCAAGUUGAAAUGGUCUCCUCAUCUCGCAAUGAUAUUGCUAACCUCAAAGAUGAAAUUGCGGAACUUUCACGCAAUUUGCAGAGGCAGUUUAAGGUUAGGGACCGUCCACGCGCCAGAUCGCUAUCACGUUCAAAAACGGUACCUCAAAACAGUACUUCCAAGAACGGUUUUUGCUUGUACCAUAAUAAGUUCGGCGACAAAGCUACAAAAUGUCGCGAACCAU